GUAUAAGCAUUACAGAAAAGACAUGCGUAAAAAUCUGUAGGUAUUCAGAACAAAAUUUUGUCCCUAAUAUCAAUGUUAUUACUUGAAAAAACUUGAUGAACUCACCGGUUUUUACCGGUCUGGAAAUACUUCUGGACCGGCCGAUGACUGGCCGGAUCGGACCGGUUACAACUCUGCGGUUGUCUGUGCCACUGUGUCCGAGACAGUUAUUAAUAUUAAACAUUAUCCAGCAUUAUCUAGUACUACGUAUAUAAAGUUUUGAUAAAGGAAAGGUUUUUGAAUAUUCUGACAUAUCUCUGUUUAUUUAGAGUUGCCGCUCGUUUACAUUCAUUUGUUCUUCACGGUUUAUCACCACAGCCGGAACCAGCAGGAAAAGUAACUAAAAGUCACCCAAUAUUAGUGCAAUCUCUUUUAUCAAAACAAGAUAAAGAGUUUUUAGAUAUUGACUUUGAAACAACUCCUAAUGUACAAAACUCUGAUUACAAAAUAUACAUUGUUGUGCAACCAUUACAAAUAAUAUAUGAUACGAAUAUGGCAUUACGUAUUGAAAUGUUUCAUGAAUCUUAUCGAAUAUUAUUAUAUGCACCAUAUUGGAUAUUAAAUCGGACAUCGUUUGAUUUCGACUUUCAAAUUGAAAAUCAGCAAACAGAUAUUUCUAAUGUUGAAACACCAUUUUUAAUAUGUUCAGAAAAAUUUGAUAUCAACUCAAAUAAAAAGGUUAAACAACAAGAUAAAUGGGGUCCAGUAAAUCCUGGCGAGGUUGUUCCAUUUUGGCCUCAUAGUAUGGAAAAAGAUUUAAUGCGUGUUCGUUAUACAGAACGAAAUCAUAUAUUAAGUCAACCAUUUAUAAUGAAUCAAAAACAUCGAAUAUUAUUGAGAAUGGAAAAUAAGAGUCAAGUACUUCCACCACUAAAUCAUGUUUAUUAUACAUGGGUUGAUCCAAUGAAACCAAUAGCACUUAUCUCAUCCGUACAAGGCAAUACAACAAGUUUGGAUUUAAUCCCUCAAUGUAGCUUUAUUAGUGAACAUCACGAAAUAAGUUAUACAUCGUUUAUUGAUGGUGUUCAAACAGUUCUGUUAUUUGCUGAUACCAUUAAUAUUAUUGAACAAGCAUCCGGUGUAAGAGAUAUGAAAAUUCUAACUGAAUCAAUGGGUCAACGCAUUCAAAUUGGUAUUCAUGAUAUUGACAUAUCAAUUGUCAACGAUAUUAAACAUGAAGAAUUACUCUAUAUAUCAAAAGUGCAAGUAAUAUUUAUUGACGAUAGUACAGGCAAUUCAAUAAAUCAACGUGGUCAUACAAUAAAAGUCAGACGUCAAGCCUUAGAUGGACUAUGGAUUGAUUAUGCUUGGUCAAUAACCAGAGCAGCUUUACAUGUUCGAAUUAAUCGUGUACAAAUUGACAAUCAAUUGGAUUAUACAAUAUUUCCUGUUAUGUUAUAUUCCAUAACGUCACAAAUAACAGAAACUGAUACAGGUACAUAUGUAAUGAUAUUUGUCAUAUAG